GCGGCGGCCUCCGGGGGCUCCGUCCGGGGGCUCGUCUGCCCUGCGCUCGCUGGCGCCCGCCUCGCUGCUGCUGCUGCCCGCCGAGGCCGAGACCCGGCAGCGCCUCCUGCGCACCGCCAAGAAGGAGGUCAAGCAAAUAAUGGAGGAAGCCGUCACAAGGAAGUUUGUGCACGAAGACAGCAGCCAUAUCAUUUCUUUCUGCGCUGCGGUCGAAGCCUGCGUCCUCCACGGGCUCAAGCGCCGGGCAGCUGGUUUCCUGCGGAGCAACAAGAUGGCUGCCCUGUUUAUGAAGGUGGGCAAGAGUUUCCCACCUGCCGAGGAGCUCUCCCGGAAGGUGCAAGCCCUGGAGCAGCUCAUCGAGAGCACGCGAAACCAGGGCUCCAGCUUGCAGGAAAGCGCUCGCAAAGCUCCAAAGCCCCCCAGCCUCUCCCCGCAGGCAGUCAAGCACCUCUGGAUCCGGACGGCGCUUUUUGAGAAGGUCCUGGACAAAAUUGUGCACUACCUGGUGGAAAACAGCAGCAAAUACUACGAGAAGGAGGCUUUGCUCAUGGACCCCGUUGAUGGACCCAUCCUGGCCUCUUUGCUGGUGGGUCCUUGUGCCCUGGAGUACACUAAGAUGAAGACGGCUGAUCACUUCUGGACCGAUCCCUCAGCAGACGAGCUGGUCCAGAGACACCGGAUCCACAGCUCCCAUUGCCGGCAAGACUCGCCCACCAAGCGCCCUGCACUCUGUAUCCAGAAAAGGCACUCCAGUGGCAGCGUGGAUGACCGGCCCUCCUUGUCCGCCAGGGAUUACGUAGAGUCGCUGCACCAGAACUCCAGGGCCACCCUCUUGUAUGGCAAAAACAACGUCUUGGUGCAGCCGCGAGACGACAUGGAGGCCAUUCCAGGCUAUUUAUCCCUUCAUCAGACAGCCGACGUGAUGACGCUGAAGUGGACCCCAAACCAGCUGAUGAACGGCUCUGUGGGUGACCUGGACUACGAGAAAAGCGUUUACUGGGACUACGCCAUGACCAUUCGCCUGGAAGAGAUCGUCUACCUUCACUGCCACCAGCAGGUAGACAGCGGGGGCACCGUUGUCCUGGUCAGCCAAGAUGGCAUCCAGCGCCCUCCACUGAGGUUCCCCAAGGGUGGGCAUCUGCUCCAGUUCCUCUCCUGCCUGGAAAAUGGCCUGCUGCCCCACGGCCAGCUGGACCCCCCCCUCUGGUCGCAAAGGGGGAAGGGGAAAGUGUUCCCGAGGCUGAAGAAGCGAACCCUGCAGGGACCCUGGGAGCCUUCCUCGGACAGGGAGGAGGAGGAGGCCACGGAUUACGUCUUCCGGAUCCUCUAUCCAGGCCUCCAGGACUUCGCUGCCCAGGACCUGAUGGAUGCGCCCGGGAGUGCCCUCCCUUCCAUGUGGCAGCCCAGCGCCCGCAAGGCCUCCUGUCCGUCUUGCGCCCAGGGGGCAGCCAGCGAGAACGGCCGGUCGAAUGGCUGCAACCAUGAAAGAGCCCCCCUGAAGCUGCUCUGUGACAACAUGAAGUACCAAAUCGUCUCUCGGGCCUUUUACGGCUGGCUGGCCUACUGCCGACACCUUUCCACCGUCCGGACGCACCUCUCGGCGCUGGUCAACCACGCCAUUGUGUCCCCUGAGGUGCCCUGCGAUGCCAGCUCGGGGCUGACGGCAGAGAUCUGGGAGACGUUUCUCCAGGACAGCACGAGCUACGAGGAGAAGGAGCUGCUUCGGCUGGUCUACUUCGGAGGGGUCCAGCAUGAGAUCCGGAAAUCCGUCUGGCCCUUCCUGCUGGGACACUAUCAGUUUGGGAUGUCGGAAGCCGAGAGGAAAGAGGUGGACCUACAGACCCGGGCCCACUACGAGCAAACCAUGGCCGAGUGGCUGGGCUGCGAGGCCAUCGUCCGGCAGCGGGAGAAAGAGUCACACGCCGCGGCCUUGGCCAAGUGCUCCUCGGGGGCCAGCCUGGACUCCCACGUGGGGCCCCUGAGGCACCGGGACUCCACCCUCAGCAGUGGCUCUUCCCAGAGUAGCAGUUUUGGCCCCCAGAACUUCAGCCGGCUGCAGAGCGACUCCAGCGGCAGCACGCAGGUCUUUGAGUCGGUGGAGGAGCUGGAGCAGACGGAAGCAGAGAGGAAGCUGGAGGCCGGCGGGCAAGCGGCUUUGCCCAAUGGGGGCCCCCCCGAGGCUGGCUCCUGCUCCCCCGACUCCGGCCACCCUUCCUCCCAGAACUUCUCCGUGGCCUCGGCCUAUUCGGAGCGGAGCUUCAGCACUGAAGAGAGCUGGCCGGAGGGAGGGAAACGGGGGGCAGGCCAGGCCAGCGGGGAAGGGCCCCCGCCAGCCAGGGAGAGCAGCUCCCUGGACGGCAAGGGGGAGGAGGAGGAGGAGGCAGAAGGGCCCCUGGUUGCCUCCAUCCCAUGGAUGGGCCCGGAGCUGCCCGGGAAAGAGCGGGGGGCCCUCCCCAGGGCAGAGCAGCCAGACUCCCUGGGGAGCGAAGAGGACCUCUUGGAGGAGCCCGAGAUGGAGAGCCUCUACCCGGGCCUGGACUCGCGCUCCCUGGCCGUCACCGACCUCACCCUGACCGAGGUCUCCCCCGUCUCCUCCUCGGGGGUCACCUACUCGCCAGAGCUCCUGGACCUCUACACGGUCAACCUGCACCGGAUUGAGAAGGACGUGCAGCGGUGUGACCGCAACUACUGGUACUUCUGCCCGGCCAACCUGGAGAAGCUGCGGAACGUCAUGUGCAGCUACAUCUGGCACCACAUUGAGGUGGGCUACGUCCAGGGCAUGUGUGACUUGCUGGCUCCUCUGCUGGUCAUCCUGGACGAGGAAGCCCUGACCUUCAGCUGCUUCACGGAGCUGAUGAAGAGGAUGAACCAGAACUUCCCCCACGGAGGAGCCAUGGACACCCACUUCGCCAACAUGCGGUCCCUCAUCCAGAUUCUGGACUCGGAGCUCUUCGAACUGAUGCACCAAAACGGGGAUUACACCCACUUCUACUUCUGCUAUCGCUGGUUCCUCUUGGAUUUCAAGCGAGAGCUGGUCUACGAGGACGUCUUCACUGUCUGGGAGACCAUCUGGGCGGCGUCCCAGGUCUCGUCCCCUGGCUACGGCCUUUUCAUCGCCCUGGCCCUGGUGGAGGUGUAUCGGGACAUCAUUCUGGAGAACAACAUGGACUUCACGGACAUCAUCAAGUUCUUCAAUGAAAUGGCUGAGCGGCACAACACCAAGCAGGUCCUGCAGCUGGCCCGGGAACUCGUCUCCAAAGUGCAGACGCUCAUUGAGAACAAGUGAAUUGGGAAGCCGUCUUCCUGCCCCCCCCCCCCCCCCCCGAGGAGGAUGGAGGAUGCAAAGGGUCCCGGCCGGGAGCGGCUUUCCUGGGGGCUCAGGCCCCGGAGAGGCAGCAGGGGAAAGCCUGGCCUCGCCACUCUGUCCACCUCACCAAGGAAGGCGCUCGGCCCUUCCCCCUCCCGUCUUGGUUGGGGGAGGCGGCUUUUGGCCUGGCACAGAGCUGGAUUCGAAGCGGGAGACGGGCCCUUGGAGAAGGCGGCAGGAACUGGCCAGUCCUUCGUGUCCCCCUCCCUUCAGAUCUUCCUGCCAUGCACCCCUGUGGGGGGCUGGGGCUUUC